UGUGUCUUUACAAGUUAAUGACAACAUUACAUAGAUAGAAUCAGAAACCCUUCGGUUCUGUUCCACUAAUUUCACACUUGUUUAAGUCAUACGACCGCAUAGACCUCCGAAAAGAAGGUCACUUUUCUCUUUCUCUGUUGAUUCUCUUUCUUCCUUUCUCUUUUUUUUGGGUCGGUGUAGAUUUCCCUUCUGGGUUUUCUUUGAGGAGUUCAGUGGGUUUUUGCGUUUAUGGUGUUGUGAGAUUGAGAGAGGUCUGUACUGAAGAUUUUGAUGGAUGCAUUGCUGCCUCUGCUACUUGUUUUGGCAGUGUCCGCUGUUUCUGCUGAUGAAGAUGCCUUCAUUGGUGUGAACCUUGGUACAGACCUCUCUGACAUGCCAAAUCCAACUCAGGUUGUGGCUCUUCUAAAGGCUCAGAAUAUACGACAUGUCAGGCUUUAUGAUGCAGAUCGAGCAAUGCUUCUCGCACUUGCUAACACAGGCAUUCAUGUGACCGUGUCUGUUCCCAAUGACCAGCUUCUGGGCAUUGGUCAAUCCAAUGCCACUGCAGCCAAUUGGGUUGCUCGCAAUGUAAUAGCCUAUGUCCCUGCCACCAACAUUACAGCCAUAGCCGUCGGAUCUGAAGUCCUAACUGCCCUCUCAAAUGCUGCUCCAGUCUUAGUUUCUGCCUUGAAUUUCAUCCACUCUGCCCUUGUUGCUUCUAAUCUUGAUGGCCAAAUCAAAGUCUCCACCCCAUACUCAUCUUCCCUUAUCCUGGAUUCCUUUCCACCUUCCCAAGCUUUCUUUAAUCGUUCAUGGGAUCCAGUCGUGGUUCCCUUACUCAAAUUUUUGCAAUCCACCGGAUCACACCUUAUGCUCAAUGUUUACCCGUACUAUGAUUAUGUGCAAUCGAAUGGUGUGAUCCCAUUGGACUAUGCACUUUUCCGGCCCCUCCCUGCUAACAAGGAAGCCGUGGAUGCCAACACACUCCUUCACUACACUAAUGUCUUUGAUGCUAUUGUUGAUGCAGCAUAUUUUGCAAUGUCCUACCUGAACUUUACUAAUGUUCCAAUAGUAGUAACUGAAUCUGGUUGGCCAUCCAAGGGUGACUCUUCGGAGCCGGAUGCAACACUUGACAAUGCGAACACAUACAACAGUAACUUGAUCAGGCAUGUGCUUAACAACACAGGGACACCCAAACGCCCUGGGAUUGCGGUUAACACUUAUAUUUAUGAGCUUUACAACGAGGAUUUGAGACCUGGGUCGGUAUCUGAAAAGAACUGGGGACUUUUCGAUGCCAAUGGGGUGCCUGUUUAUAUCUUGCAUUUGACGGGUGGUGGGACCGUGUUGGCAAAUGAUACUACAAACCAGACAUUUUGCAUUGCAAGGCCAGAUGCUGAUAAAAAGAUGUUACAGGCAGCGUUGGAUUGGGCUUGUGGACCUGGGAAAGUUGAUUGCUCAACCUUAUUGCAGGGGCAGCCUUGUUAUGAUCCCGAUACCGUGGUUGCACAUUCAACAUAUGCUUUCAAUGCAUACUUCCAGAAGAUGGCUAAGUCUCCAGGGACCUGUGAUUUCAAAGGGGUUGCUACCAUCACUACCACUGAUCCAAUGGUGGGAAAAAUGGAACCUUCCUAAAUGGCACAUCACUGGCUCCGUCUUCAAAUUCAACAACAGAUGCUAGCAGCUGUGCGGUGUAUUUCCGUGGUGUCGGUUCUUUUACAACCUCUGUGAUCUCAGGCCUUUUACUUAUGGUUGCAGUGUUCUUGUAAAACCUUCACACCUGCAUUUUAUUAAAGCACAUUCUUAUUGCAUUUGAACUAGCAUGGAGCAUUAGGUGAAGGAGAACUUGCAAAAUUCCCAAUUUUGUCCCUCCAGGAAUGGAGGGUAGUUAAGGGUUGGCAAGGCUCAUUGAACACUAGGUGAUUGGGCAUGUACAAACCAACUGAAAAUUAUUUGGAUUGUUGUAAAAUACCUUACUGGGUUGAAUUUGGUUGCAUUCUUUGAGCUGGAUUUAGUAACAAGGCCAUGUAUCUCUGUAAUAUUAUUAUGUUCAAGUGAGUGGUGACCAUUCGGAAUGAGAAAAAAUCGUUCCUUAUUUA